UAAAAGUGGUUAUAAGAAUCUCUGGGCCUGAUUGGGCUUGCCUUGUGAUUUUCACCUCAAGCUUGAAUCAAAAACUGCGUCUGUUUCCGAUCAUUGGCGGAGAUGGAAGAAGGCAGACGACCGGGAGUUUUUGUCGUCGGAUCCUCUGGUGUCGGCAAACGCACUCUUCUCUCUAGAUUGAUCUCUGUCGAUUUUGAGGAUUCACCAUCUCAAACAGAAGAAGUUCAUGACUGGACGAUUAACACCAAGUAUUACACUGCGGAUGUAUCUGUAUCCAUAUCUCAUAUUCGCGAUGACGAAGACUACUCUCUCCCUCGGUCACAUCCCCUUGUUGCGUUAGUUAUGGUCUUCGACUUGAGUCAGGUUUCAACUCUUGUUGCUCUUCAAGACUGGGUUUCUAAUCAUGCGGAGGACAUCGAUCAUUUUGAUAUAUUGUUGUGUAUUGGGAACAAAGUUGAUCUUUUCCCUCAUCACCCAGCUCACGAUGAAUAUAGAAGACGUAUUUCGAAAGCAACAGAUGAGGAUGAGUUUGUUGGGAUCUCCGAAAGUGAAGGAAGUAGGUUGUUGGGGAACGGCCACGAUAGUACAUCACUGGAUAUCAUCAGGGGGACAUGUCUUGACUGGUGCCGCGACAACAACAUUGAGUUCAUUGAGGCUUGUGCAUCUAAUCCUGAUUUUGACAAGUGUUUAUCAGUGGAUGGGGAUUGUCAAGGGGUUGAACGUCUGUUUGGUGCUCUUUCGGCACAUAUGUGGCCUGGGAUGAUUCUCAAAUCUGGGGGUGAUAAGAUUAAUGAGCCGGUGUUGUUACCUCAUGGUGAAGAAGACUUGUCAGAAGAAGAAUCAGAAUAUGAAUUGGAGUAUGAAGUGUUAUCAUCCGAUCCAUGGGAAGAUAUCGACGAGAGAUGGGUUUCAGCGGGUUCAUACGCAGAUGAUGCUGGCGGAUCCACCUCACGGGAAACACUUGAGGUAGAAAAUAAUAUAUUGAAUCCAAAGAAAGUUGUGGAUGAAUCUUCAGUGAUACAGACUAGUGAGACUGAUAGAGCAGUAGAUGAGAAACCUUUGGGAAAAUUGUAUGAGUUGGAAGACGUGAAACAGUUGAUGUCAGAAAUAGGGAACAUCCGUGACAACUUGCGAUUCAUGCCUGAUUUCCAGAGGAGGGAUAUUGCUGCUAAUCUAGCCAUGAAGAUGGCUUCCAUGUUUGGAGGAGGCGACGAGAGUGAUAACGAGGAAAAUUUAGUCCUUUCUUUUAAUCAGAAUUCGUUUCAUGCUUUGUGACAGACUCUGGCAGUAAUACGACGCAGUUACACGCUCUAAUGUGAAGCCAUUUAGCUAUUAUAGCUAUUUGGGUCGACAUGUUAUGCAUCUCAUCACUUUUUCUCUUGAUGUGUAAUGUAGUCUUGGAGCUCUAGAUGAUAUAGCUUUAUACAUACAUCCUAGUUGGUAACACUGGCGAGGCA